ACUAUUUAUUGAUUAAUUCAUUUAUUUCCCAUCUCUCUCUUUCUCUCAGAAAAUUUAACCGCAAAAUAAGGAAAGCUGGAUCCAUCACAGGAACCAGCGCAAUCCUUAACAAUAAAGCCACCACAACCACCACCUCCGGUGGCCACCUCCACCACCACCAACGGCCAGAUCCGUUACCGCACUCCCUCCUCCGCCGAACUACUCCUCGAAACGGGCUCCACCGCCACCUCCCCGACCAACUCCGACAAGGCAAUGAAGCGACCAGGCAUGCGAAACGAGCCACUGAGUGACAAGGUCCACAAGUACAGAGGAGUGUUGCUGGUGAUUUCGAUCCCGAUGCUUUUGAUCGCUUUUGUGCUGUUGGUGAUGCCGAGUCGUGAGGAUUAUGAAUACGGAGGAGGAGUGAGUCGAAAGAUGUCGCCGAAUCUUGUUAGGGAUUCGAGGAGUUAUGCGGUUAUUUUUGAUGCCGGGAGUUCAGGGAGUAGAGUUCAUGUUUUUUGUUUUGAUCGGAAUUUGGAUCUUGUUCCUAUCGGUAAAGAACUCGAGCUUUUUGUGCAGCUUAAACCAGGUUUGAGUGCUUAUGCAAAUAACCCGCAAGAAGCAGCCAAAUCCCUCGCUUCACUGCUUGAUAAAGCUGAAAGCUCUGUGCCUAAAGAGCUCCGACCAAAAACACCAGUCAGAGUUGGGGCUACUGCUGGCUUGAGGGCAUUGGGAAUGGAAGCAUCAGAUAGAAUUUUGCAAGCGGUUAGGGAUUUCCUGAGAGCUAAAAGCACCCUGAAAUCUGAGGCAAACGGGGUCACGGUUUUGGAUGGUUCUCAAGAAGGUUCUUAUCAGUGGGUGACGAUAAACUACCUUUUAGGAAAUUUAGGAAAGAAAUAUUCAAACACGGUUGGAGUUGUAGAUCUUGGCGGUGGAUCUGUUCAAAUGGCAUAUGCAAUCUCCGAGAUGGAUGCAGCGAAAGCUCCGAGGAUAUCUGAUGGAGAAGAUACAUAUGUAAAGGAAAUGUUUUUGAUGGGAACCAAAUAUUACCUCUAUGUUCACAGCUAUUUGCAUUAUGGUUUAUUAGCAGCUCGAGCAGAAAUUUUGGAUGCUUCAGAGGAGUCUAGCAAUCCAUGCAUCCUGGGUGGUUAUGAUGGGGUAUACAAUUAUGGAGGGAAAGACCAUAAAGCAUCAGCUUCUCCAUCUGGUUCAAACUUGGACGAGUGCAGGAGGGUAGCUCUUAAUGCUCUCAAAGUUAAUGAAUCGACUUGUACAAACAUGAAAUGUACAUUUGGAGGAGUAUGGAAUGGUGGCGGCGGGGAUGGACAGAAGAAUAUGUUUGUUGCAUCAUUUUUCUUCGACAGAGCUGCUCAGGCUGGUUUUGUUGAUUCAACUUUACCAGUUGUCAAAGUUCGACCUGUGGAUUUUGAGCAUGCUGCAAAGCGUGCUUGUGGAACUAAACUAGAGAAUGCUAAAUCCAUAUAUCACAGUUUGGAUGAGAAUGAUCUGCCAUAUAUAUGCAUGGAUCUGGUCUAUCAGUACACAUUGCUUGUAGAGGGAUUUGCUAUGGAUCCAUUGCAAGAUAUGAUGUUGGUGAAGAAGGUUCAGUACCGAGAUUCCCUUGUGGAAGCUGCAUGGCCACUGGGCAGUGCCAUAGAGGCUGUGUCAUCACCAGCAUAACUCUAAAUUGCACUAUCAGCUUAGUCACCAAACUGCAUAAUUUGCUCAGGAUCAACAUUUCGCUAAAGCAAAGAACUUUGCAGGAUCGAUAUUGCUUCGGAGGUCCGUACAGAGUGGAAAUGGAAAUUUUUUGCCUAUAGAUUGGGAAAAGUGGAAAGGAACAGCUCCAUUCGUCAUCAUUUAUAAUCAGCUUACACAUUGUUUCAUUAACAUUGAGUGAUUGAUUCAAUUCAGGUCAUUUCGAUUGCCCUUCGUACUUCCUUAUCUUCUAUUUUCGUUAUUUAUGGCAAAUUCUUUUAUAUGUGGUUAGUAUUUCAAAACAUAUAUCAAUCUGAAUUAUGUGGGGGGAUUGAUGAAAUUUUACAUUAAUGCGUUUCAUAUUGGUAUUUAAUUUGUUUUGACUAAA